AUGCAUAGUCAAACAAUUACUCUUCUUAACACAGUGAGACACCUCAUCGACUCUCGCGAUGCAACAAGCACCAUUGCACUCAUCGACGCGAAUCUCGAGCUGCUUGCGUGCUACGUCACAAUCCCAGACGACAUGGCCCAGGCUGUGACCGACCCAGCUGCCCUGGCCGUCCUUGCCAAAAUGCACCUGCUGAGAAAGCAGGAGGAGUUAGUGAUUGAAUACGCAGUGAGGGCACUGAAGGCAGAUCCAUCCAUCCUGGACGCAAACACCUUCUACUGCGACGCAAUCAAGUUCAGGCUGAUGGAGCACCUGAUUGGAAGAGGCGACAGAUUCGUCCGCGAAUACGUCCUGGGCCUGGUUGACGCUGCCGAAACCACCGUAUCCGUCCUGGGCUACCUCCAUGAAAUUGGAGAAAAUGAGUUAUUGAAGCAUAAACUAGGAGAAUUUCUGAUUCGAACUGGAGCAACUGAGGACGUCGUCGCCCUCCUCCGCCACCUCCACCCAGACGCAGCCGAAUUCGUCCAGAACUCGCCCGACCUCGUCCACGGCCUCCUCGCUGCCCCAGGCGCCACCUCUGACAAACUCGCCAUCAUCGGCCUCCUUCUCCCCCACGUCAGAAGCCAGAAAGAGUGGAUCCGCUCUCUCCCAGCCAACUGGCAGCCGUACGCCUCCUUCUACGCCUACAACUCGGCCACUCCCUCUGGGAAGGCAGAUCUGCUUCCCUUUGUCUCGCCCCAGCCAAAUGCGAUGCUCGUUGAUUUCAUGGUCCUGAAUUCUCAGACCAAUUUCAAGUUUCUCGAAUGCAUGGGAAAGGCGUCUCCCUUCGACUUCUCCCUCUGCAACGCCCUGAUGAACGCACACACCACCAACGACACCUUCUACAGAACAAACCGCCUGAGUCGAUCAGUCGAUUGGAUCCGAUUUGGGGAGAUGGCUGGUCUCGGACUGAUCCACACGACCCAGCCAUUUGAGAUUCUGGCUGAGGUGCUGCCAGCCAGCCCAGAAACUGGGGAGGCAGCCGCCCUGCUCAGUCUGGGGCUGAUCUCCCGAAAUGCGGUGGAGACGUACGGCCACGAUCCAUCACUGAUUCGCGAAUCAGAGGGGUAUCUCACUGGAAUGGUCUCAGGUGACCCAUCUGACGAGUGUGUUCUGUUUGGGGCGUAUCUCGCCCUAGGAAUUCUCAAGUUUGGAACAGGAGACUACGACCUGUUUCAGAGGACACGUCUCCUCUUUGAGAAGUACAGCACCCUGGCGCAGGAGACAGCCUGCUACUCGAUUGGACUGGUCUACGCUGGCACCAAUGACAUGACUGUCGUAGAGUACCUUAGG